AUGUCAAACAAGGUGUCAAUCAUACCGGGGGAAUACAGACUGAUGAAUCGUGGCGGCGAUGAAGAUCGACGCUGCUUCCACCCAGCCAAGAGAACGGACCGGCGCCGCUUCCCACCAGCAUUCUGGGACAACCUCUCCCGAGUCUAUCUUACACCACGCGCCUUGAAAGAGCACGAACGUCGAAACAAGACGCAUGCUUCACCCAAGCGCAAAGCCCCCGACGAUUCCUUUCACAAUAUUGCCAAGUUUGCUAGACACGGCGGCCCAGACCUUGGGGACAUCCGUGGUUAUUCUCGCCAGCGAGCCGGCACUCGUGCAACGAGCCCCGAUGACUGCCGACCGGAUCUAUCCAGCCGGUCUGUGGUUGGAAUGACUGAAACUGCCGACAGCGGUCCGCCUUCCCCUUACGACCACAACUUCGAGCAACAUCUGCGCGACAAUAACAUCUGGCUUUGGGGCCCCUCAUGCUCAUGUUCAUGCUGGAGGCCACUAAACUGGCGAGAUCUCUGGCUCCUGGUGCCGGUAAGGGAGAAGUCCUCGCUCCCGCAGGAAUAUUUUCGAUGGAGUCAUUUCAACCCCUGUCACUUCGAGAUCUGGCACGAUGAGAUGAGAUCGGAAGGAGAUGUGAUGAACGAAAUCAUGCCCAAGAUCGCCGGAGACGAUCAUCCUCUCCCGAAAAACCGCAACGUUUGUUUCAGCAAUAUGGAUAACAUGACCGACGGAAUAAACAUCCGCCCGAGACCCAUCUUCUACGACGGGGCCAGCCCCAAGGAUCUCCAUCCAUCUGUCAUCAGCGACCUCGACAGCCUGAUCGUGCCCUCCAAACUCAGGAGCCACCCGGUAGCCCCCAACCUCUUCUUCGAGACAAAGCCGCUCUGGCGCGGUACUGGCGUCGCUGUGCGGAAAGCCUGCCUCGACGGCGCGUACGGCGCCCGCGCGAUGCACGCGCUGCAGAACUACAACAGAGAUGUGCCGGUGUACGACGGCAACGCAUACGCCUAUAGCUUCGUGUAUAACCCCGUCAAUGCCGCGCUCAAGAUCUACGCCCACGGCAUCUCGGCGCCGAGGACUCCGGGCGGGCGGCCCGACUGCCAUACGAAGAAGAUCAAGGGUUUCUGGAUGACCAUGGAUGUUGAAACAUGGGUCAACGGGGCAUUUGCAUUCAGAGCCAUCAGAAAUCUGGCAAAGGCUCAUCGUGAUCGCUUCAUCGAGGAGGCAAACGCCAGAGCGUCGGAGUUGACUGCAAUCGGGUCAGAACAUGUCGAGUAG